UAAACCUCUCGAAGCUUGGCUCGAUUGACUAAUUUGAUCAUUUUCUCUGAAAAACGACGUCGCUUAGCGUUCCAGAAAAACUCAAAACCCUAACCCCUUCAAAAAUCAUAUUCCUCCGCCGGGAAACUGUAUUUUCUUUCACAUUAUCGUCGAUCCAAAUGAGAGGAAACCCAGUAGGAAGACGAUUCUCUAAUGUACUAUCGAAUCCCUCCGCCGGACGCGCCCUUUUUCUAUCGUCUUCUCCCUUCUCCACUUCCUCAGGCUCCUCAGGUCGCGGCCGUGGCCGCGGCGGUGGCCGCGGCGGUGGCGGAGAUUCUGGUCAAUUCGAUUUCAGUGCAAGGGCACCAGGCAAGCCUGAUGCUGAUAAUUCAAAACCUGACUCUCGAGAACCACCACCAGGUGGAUUUGGUCAUGGCCGUGGUAUACCUAGUAAUUCUUCUCCAACUCCUCCUGCGUUUUUCGACUUCAUAUCAUCGUUAAAAGCAUCUCAGUCCGGCACGGGACGUGGCCGAGGCGGAGGCAUUAUCGAACCGGAACUGAAUAGACCCAAUGAGUCAAAGCGCGAGUCAGUACCUCCUAAACUGCAGUUCACUCAGUCAGUACCUCCCAAGACGCAGUUCACUCAGUCAGGUGAGCCAAAUCUGCCAUCCAGCGUACAAUCUGCACUAUCUGGCGUUGGUCGUGGAAAAACAGAUCAUCCUGCCGUGCCUGCUCCGCAGAAGGAAGAGAACCGGCAUCUCCGGGUUCGUCCUAGACCCAAGCCCAGGACCAUUGGAGAAGAAGCUGAGCCAGCUCAGGCCCGUAUGCAGCCUAAAACUAUCCAUGAGGGGGAUGGAAGUGGAAGGGGCGUUGGGCCUUUCCGGGCGCGAGGUGGAUUUGCUGGAGGUAGAGGUAGAGGGAGAGGCAGAGGAAGGGGGAGGGGGCAGUGGGAGCGAAGAGAGAAGGAGGAGGAUUCGGAGGGAGGGUUCGCAGCAGGUCUCUUCUUAGGGGACAAUGCUGAUGGGGAGAAACUGGCGGAAAGUGUUGGUGUUGAGAACAUGAACAAGUUGAUUGAAGGGUUUGAAGAGAUGAGUGGGAAAGUACUGCCUUCGCCUAUGGAAGAUGCCUAUUUUGAUGCCUUGCAUACGAAUUAUAUGAUUGAGUUCGAGCCUGAGUACUUGAUGGGGGAGUUUGAUCAAAACCCAGAUAUUGAUGAAAAGCCGCCUAUGCCUCUUCGGGAUAUGCUGGAGAAGGUGAAACCUUUCAUAAUGGCGUAUGAAGGAAUCCAAAGUCAAGAAGAGUGGAAGGAGGUUGUUGAAGAAACAAUGAAGAAUGUAGCAUUAUUGAAAGAGAUAGUUGAUUAUUACAGUGGACCUGAUAGAAUUACAGCAAAGAGACAACAAGAAGAGUUAGAAAGAGUGGCCAAAACUAUUCCUGCAAAUGCCCCUGCUUCUGUAAUGCAGUUUGCUGAUCGUGCAGUUCUUUCUCUUCAGAGCAACCCUGGCUGGGGAUUUGACAAGAAAUGUCAAUUUAUGGAUAAGCUUGUGAGAGAGGUUAAUCAGUGUUACAACUAAAGGCUCUGAAGUUUGCAGUGCUGAAUCUUUUUUUUCCAAGGUUACGGAUUACUAUUGAAGGUUAUUACAAUAUUUUUUGGAGACAAUAUGGAAUUCACUGUGUAAGAUGGAGGUGCUGUUCCUAAGAAGAUGGGGCGCUGCAAUAGCCGUGAAUUAAUCAACUAAGGCACAUGCUUUUCACUUGUCAUCGGUGUUAGACUCUAAUGGAGCCACUGCAGGUUCCAAGUUAUACAUCUUUUUUCAUGACAGUUUUCUGAUAAAGGAUGUGACGUGUGAGGUUAUCAUUCAAUAAUUUUUUUUUUCUUGAUGUUGCAUUUUCGUGACACUGAUUUAGUAUCCUAACUUAAGAGUUAAGGAAUCUUUUCCCUUUUCUUUUUA